AUGGCGGGUCGCCAAGCGGACGAGCUGCGGGAGAUCUACCAAGAGCUCACGCGCCCGGGCGGCUACAACCUCCCGCAGGCAAACCUCCAGCCGAGUUGGUGUCAGCGCUCCAGUCUGCGUUACACCAGCGGCGCGCCCUCCGCCGCCGCGAGUGCAUCUUCCUGCGGUGGGCGACCGGCCGCCGCGGCCCCAUCUCUGCCCGCGCCCUGCCGCGAGGAGGACGCGGAGAGGUGCGCCCCGCCCGGGCUCUCUGCGGCAUGUGAGAAGGUGUUUGGCAAACACCAGCGCACCUCAACGGGAGGGCAAAACCCGCCUGGGGCGAGCCCCCUUUAUGCGGGUCUAUUAGAUAGCCGUAGUGUGAGCACGAGGCCGCGGACGCGGUUUGCGCCGGUGAGGCAGCAGCAUAAUAGUGGUCUGGCGACGCACACCUACUCUAGUGACACGACAGAGAGAAAAGUGCCGGGUGCCGACGGAAUCCAUGCCACGCUUGCCGAGUUAUUUUUGCCAUUGCCGGCGGAACACCGUUUGACGUGUUGGCUGUGCGAAGCUGCGUGCGAAGAGCCAGGCUGGUUGAACGCACCUGCAAUGUACGUGGGCGCGGAGGAGGCGCCGGAAGUCAAGGAUCGCCUUCCCCCUGUCACUCUGCUUACCUUGUGCUCACGCUGCAGCGCAGCCUGCGCGUUGCCUGCGGCUGCCCCGCACGAUGAAGUCUUGAGGAAGGCUGGCGCAACACGAGCCUUGCUGCGACGCACCGAGAUGUUUGUCCAAUUCCUGCGAGAAUACAAACAGUUACUGGAGUCUCUUGCUGGGACCGCAGAGAAGAUGACACUUGGAAGUGCCACGGCCCACGCAGGCGGCGCACCUCCCUUGCUGUGGGAUCUUUCGCCCGAUCUCCACGCGAGCGUGACGCAAAAACUCACCGACGCGUUGACUUCCGCGCUGGAGACGGACACGCUGCAGUCGCAUCGGCGUCAGGUCCCCAGCCUCUCGCCGCAAGAGCGGCUUCUCUUAGAGCGUGAACGCGCCUGGCUUCAGCGGCGGCUUGCACUCAUGGAGCCGAGAGAGCAGUCGCCCGUGAGGCUACUGCGCACCGCGGAUGCGCUGCCCAGCCGCCUCUGGGGUCCAAGCUCCGCGGCCUCGCCGCUUCCAGUAGCCACCGGGAGCGGGGCUCAGCCACACAGCGUGUCACAUGGACCGCGGCGCAGCCCACAAUAUGACGCGAAAAAACUGGAUGCCAUGCUGCGGCUUCAGUCUCCCUCUGCGAAGAUAGAGCAGGGGACUCGGCAGCAGGAGCCACCGAAUGGCGUUCUGCAUGCUAGAGAAACAAGCUUGGAGGCGCUUCAACAAAUGGUGGGGCGUGCGCUGACGGCACAGUGGCAAAACUUGGGUGAUGGGACUGCAUCAACCACAACUGUAACAGACAGGCUGGCCGCGACGUACGGCGAGGAGGAUGCACAGACGUUAAACUCCACAAUGAUCACCCCCACAGCAAACGCUGCUGCAGGAGCUGCUGGGUCAAUGCACAAUGACCCCGAGAACAUUCUAUUGGACUAUUUUGAGGGAAGGCUGGAUGAGCUGCCGAGGUUUAAGCUUUUCUCUCUGGGUGAUGGGGGUGGUAAAAGUAGUUCCCUGCAGAAUUUCCGAAACCUGCCAGGCACACCGAAGAGACCGUGCGACAACCCAGCAGAUGCAUCGUCUCAUGUCGUGCUGGCGGCCGCCGAUGUGGCUGCUGCGGCCGCCAUGGACGCAGGGGAGCUGUUGACGCAACUACGCGAAGAGCGGCGACGCCGCGGGGCGGCGGAAGCAGCACUGCGUGAAAGUCAACAGAGGAUUGCCGCACUUGAAAAGACCACAGAUCAUAUUUCAGGCUUGGCCCUGGACUUGAGCCACAUACUGGGGGACCACGCCGUCGCGAUGCAGAGAUUCGUUCGCACCGCGACACAAGACUGCGUGGAGAUCGUGCUGCAGAAGUCACUUCUCUUUUCAGACGAAAUGGCCGCCUUGAUGCGCCAGGCGCAGCGGCGGGGUUGCGGUGUGAACACACGACCCCCGCGAACGCACGCGAGGGAGGCCGUCGGGGUUGGCCGCGAGGUUCCGCCGCCUGCGCCUGUGUCCUUGCAGGGUGCAGCACGCGCGGCUCCCGGGGCGGAGCCCGCACCUCCCGCGCUUUCCCGCCUGCUUUCCCUGUCGCUGGGGCUGACGCCACUCGUGCCCAGUGAUAUCUCCCGGCGCAGUGGGUAG